UAUUCAUUAGCAUCUCUCUCUGCAAUUCGAAUUUAAACGAAGCUCUUCUCAUUCAAUUCCGAGUUCAUUCAUGGCUUCGUCCCUGACUUUGCUGGUUUACUUCCUCGUCUUCCUCUGCAUCCUCCCUGUUUCUCUGUCAGAUACCCUUUUGCUGCCCUUAACCCACUCUCUCUCCCACGCCCACCCGCGAUUCAACUCCACCCACCACCUCCUCCGUGCCACCUCCGCCCGCUCCGCCGCCCGCUUCCGCCGCCACAGCCACCUCCCCGGGCAAGUCUCCGUCCCUCUCUCUCCGGGCAGCGACUACACCCUCUCCCUCACUCUCCAUUCGCAGCCCGUCUCUCUCUACAUGGACACCGGCAGCGACCUCGUCUGGGUCCCCUGCUCGCCCUUCACCUGCAUCCUCUGCGACGGCAAGCCCAAGCCCACCCCCGUCGCCCUCAACUCCUCCUCCACCUCCGACGUCUCCUGCAAAUCCUCCGCAUGCAGAGCCAUCCACUCUCCUCUCUCCUCCUCCUCGGACCUCUGCGCGAUGGCUCGUUGUCCCCUCGAAGAAAUCGAAAUCUCUGACUGCGCCGCCUUCCCCUGCCCCCAGUUCUACUACGCCUACGGCGACGGCAGCCUCGUUGGCCGCCUGAAGAAAGGCGUCGUCACCCUACCCACCUCGUCGCCGCCUCUCGCCCUCCGCAACUUCACCUUCGGCUGCGCCCACACCGCCCUUGGCGAGCCCGUCGGCGUCGCCGGCUUCGGCCGCGGCCCACUCUCGCUUCCGGCCCAGCUCGCCGCGUCGUCACCCCAGCUCGGCGCUCAGUUCUCGUAUUGCCUCGUCUCGCACUCGUUCGACGCCGACCGAGUUCGCCUCCCGAGCCCGCUCAUCCUCGGUCGCUACGGUGUGAAGGAGAAGAGCUCGGAGGGAAGAGGAGGGAGCGACUUCGCGUACACGCCGAUGCUGGACAGCCCCAAUAGCCCGUACUUCUACUCCGUCGGGCUGGAGGGAAUCUACGUGGGGAGGAGGUUCAUCCCGGCGCCGGAGAAUCUACGGAGGAUCGACGGGAGGGGCGACGGAGGGGUGGUGGUGGACUCGGGGACGACGUUCACGAUCCUGCCAUCGGGGCUGUUCAGCUCGGUGGCAGCCGAAUUCGACCGCCAGCUGGGGCCAGUCAACUCGCGGCGGGCGAGGGAGGCCGAGGACAAGACCGGGCUAAACCCGUGUUACUACGUGGACGCGGGGCUCAAAGUGCCUGACGUGGAGUUUCGCUUCGCGGGCGGAUCGGGUGUGGCGAUGCCCAGGGGGAACUACUUCUACGAGUUCGUGGACGGCGGGCAUAAGGGGAGGCGAGUGGGGUGCCUGAUGAUGAUGGACGGUGGAGACGAGAGGGAGAUGGGGGGUGGGCCCGGGGCGACGCUGGGGAACUACCAGCAGCAGGGGUUUGAGGUGGUUUAUGACUUGGAGGGGAGGCGCGUGGGGUUCGCCCGGAGGCAGUGCGCGUCGAUGUGGGACAGCCUCCGUCAGCGCUGACGUGCACGGGGGGUUGACUUCUUCUUCCGGCUCAAAGAUCUUCGGAGGGUGGUGUGGGCCCACGUGUGGUCCACGGUGGUGACUGGAUCAGGGAAGUGUGGAGGAUGGUCCAAUGGUUGAAAAAUGAGAGAGAUGGGCCAUUUCCUAAGUUUUUACCAUGUAAAUAGAUGACAUUCUUUUCUGUAAGAUAUGCUAAGAAGUCUAUUCAAAA